AUGGAAGGCGCUUUCACGCAUGUGGGAAACCACUUGAUAUCCGACUCGGCAGCUGCCAUCAAGGCUGGCGACAACGACGACCUAUCCACCAUCGACCCGGAAGAGAAUCUCUUGUAUGGCAAGUUUGGUGGCCGGGCUGGUCUAGGUGGGGCAACUCGCCGACGCCAUGACGAUGAUGAUAACGGUACAGAAGUCUACGAUGACGAGGAUGACGAGAGCCUGGCCAGCGUGCCGGUCGACGGUGUCCAGGGUCUGAAGCUCGGGGCUGAAGAGGAGGAGAAAGAGCUUCCAGCCCAUGCCUGCGCAUAUUGUGGCAUUCACUCCCCGGCCUCUGUGGUCAAGUGCCUGGCUUGCAACAAAUGGUUCUGCAGCGCGCGCGGAAACGCAACGUCCUCCCAUAUUGUCAACCAUCUCGUUCGUGCCCGCCACAAAGAAGUACAGCUGCACCCCCAGUCGUCGCUGGGUGACACCGUUCUCGAGUGCUACAACUGCGGUACCAAGAAUGUGUUCUUGCUUGGGUUCAUCCCGGCCAAAUCCGAUACGGUCGUGGUUCUUCUCUGCCGUCAGCCCUGUGCGGCCAGCACAUCGUCCAAGGAUAUGAGCUGGGACAUCUCGCGCUGGCAGCCGCUUAUCGAGGACAGAUCUUUUCUGCCCUGGCUCGUUGCUACACCUACAGACGCCGAGCAGCUCCGUGCCCGGCAUCUGACGCCCCCGAUGAUCGCCAGACUCGAGGAGAUGUGGAAGGACAAUGCCAACGCCACAGUCCAGGACCUUGAACGGGCGGCCAGUGUAGACGAUGACCCACAGCCGGUUCUGUUGAAAUACGACGACCCGUACCACUAUCAGAACAUCUUUGGCCCGCUGGUGAAGAUGGAAUCCGACUACGACAAGAAGCUGAAGGAGGCCCAGUCGGAAGACAAUCUGGUGAUCCGAUGGGACUACGGCUUGAACAACAAGCACCUGGCCAUAUUCAUCCUGCCCAAGAUCGAGUCGGGUGACGUCAAGCUUGCCGUCGGCGACGAGAUGCGGCUGAAGUACAAGGGCGAGCUGCGUCCUCCCUGGGAGGGCGUAGGAUACGUGAUCAAGAUCCCCAACAAUCAGUCCGACGAAGUGAAACUGGAGCUCCGUAAGACGGGGAACGACAAGUCGGUACCUACCGAAUGCACCCACAACUUCUCUGCGGACUAUGUGUGGAAGGCCACAUCUUACGAUCGCAUGCAGAUCGCCAUGAAGACGUUUGCUGUGGAUGAGAUGAGCGUGUCUGGGUACAUAUUUCACAAGCUUUUGGGCCACGAAGUCGCCGUCGCCCCGAUGAAGACGUCUCUGCCUAAGAAGUUCACGGCGCCACAGCUGCCCGAGCUGAACGGCAGCCAAAUCAGCGCUAUCAAGGCUGUUCUGUCCACGCCUCUCAGCUUGAUCCAGGGCCCUCCGGGAACCGGCAAGACGGUGACUUCGGCGACCAUCAUCUACCACCUGGCCAAGAUGAACAACAGCCAAGUGCUUGUGUGUGCACCGUCCAACGUUGCCGUCGACCAGCUCUGUGAACGGGUCCACCGGACCGGCUUGAAGGUUGUCCGGCUGACGGCAAAAUCUCGUGAGGACGUAGAGUCCUCUGUCAGCUUUUUAGCGCUUCACGAGCAGGUCCGGAUGAACGACACCAACGUGGAGCUGACGCGCCUGCAGCUGCUGAAGAAUGAGGUCGGCGAACUGUCGAGCUUGGACGAGAAGAAGUUCAAGCAGCUGACGAAGGCGGCCGAGAAAGAGAUCCUCAACAAUGCCGAUGUGGUCUGCUGCACCUGCGUGGGUGCGGGCGACCCUCGGCUUGCCAAGAUGAAGUUUCGCAACGUGCUGAUCGACGAGUCGACGCAGUCAGCGGAGCCGGAGUGCAUGAUUCCUCUGGUUUUGGGCUGCAAACAGGUGGUUCUUGUCGGCGACCACAAGCAGCUCGGCCCGGUGAUCAUGAAUAAGAAGGCAGCCAAGGCGGGCCUGAACCAAUCGCUCUUUGAGCGCCUGGUCAAGCUUGGCUUUGCGCCCAUCCGGCUGAACGUGCAGUAUCGAAUGCACCCCCAUCUUGCAGCAUUCCCGUCGAACAUGUUUUACGAGGGAUCGCUCCAGAACGGUGUCACGAUCCAAGAACGUCUGCGGAAAGACGUGGACUUCCCGUGGCCGGUAGUGGAUACGCCGAUGAUGUUUUGGUCGAACCUGGGCAACGAAGAGAUCUCGGCAUCGGGCACCUCGUAUCUGAACCGAACAGAAGCGUCCAACGUCGAAAAGGUGGUGACCCGCUUCUUCAAGGCCGGCGUGAAGCCCGCAGACAUUGGUGUGAUCACUCCGUAUGAGGGCCAACGCAGCUACAUCGUCACGACGAUGCAGAACACGGGCACAUUCAAGAAGGAGAGCUACAAGGAGGUAGAGGUGGCCUCAGUCGACGCCUUCCAGGGCCGCGAGAAGGACUACAUUGUGCUGUCGUGUGUGCGGUCCAACGAGAACCAAGGCAUUGGUUUCUUGUCGGACCCGCGCCGACUGAACGUGGCUCUGACGCGUGCCAAGUACGGCAUUGUUAUUCUGGGCAACCCCAAGGUCUUGGCGAAGCACGAGCUCUGGUAUCACCUGCUCGUGCAUUUCAAGGACCAUAAAUGCCUCGUCGAAGGCCCGCUCAGCAACCUUCAGCCGUCGCUGCACCAGUUUAGCAGACCCAAGCACAGCUACCGGCCGCCACGAGCGGUGGGCAACGACGUCGUUCACAACGGACGCUUCGGACAAGGACAAGGCCAGGGCAACAACGGGAUGAUGCGCGACUUUGAGACCGGUUCUAUCAUGUCGUACAUCCCCGACGAUGUUUCCUCGAUUCACAGCUCGGCUCUGGGAGGUGCCGGCCUAGGCUCGGCAUACCCAGCGAUGUUUUCCAGCUUCAGUCCUGACCAGUGGCCUGGCCUGCCGGGAGCCAGUCUCGGCGGGCGGGCCGGUGGCAAGGGUCGAAACAGGGGUAUCGCCGAGAGUAUUGCUGGCGAGAGCGUAGCCAACUCCGAGUUCACGGAUGUGACGGCGAGCUCGAGCGUCAUCGGAGGCAAGGGCGUCGGUCAGGGAGGAGCCAGCCUGGGUGCAGGGCUGCACGACGCAGUUAGCAGCGGUAGACUGGCGUCCUACAGCCAGAGCGACCGUCUGAAGCAGUACGUGGAGAGCAGCGGACGCAUAGCAGCAGGCAACGGAUACCGGCGGUACGACGACGACCAGCAGAGCAUCAGCACGGGCUUUGCCAGCCAAAUUGGAGGACCAGGCUAUGACUGA